AUGCCAACCCAGGCUCUCCUGCCCAUCCUGCUCCUCUCUGUGUUGCUGCCGCUGCUACAGGUCCAGGGAGGGCACCGUACACUGAACAGGAUGCAGAAAAUAAAGCAGUUCAAUGAAGUCAAGGUUUGUGAAAAGCACACCAACAUAUAUAUGUGCAGACGUCCAUGUGAAUAUCACCAAGAUUGUCAAGCAAAUAACAUAUGCUGUUCAACCUUCUGUGGGAAUAUCUGCAUGACACUCUAG